GUUGAGGAAGCGUGAGAGCAUUUGCGGCACUUGCCGCAGCUUGAAUUUGGGCUAUAGGCGAUACCGACGACAAGCAACGUCCGACGACCUCAAGACACCUCGGAACUUCACAACAUGACCAAGAAAAGAAGAAAUGGCGGCCGCAACAAGAAGGGUCGUGGCCACGUCGGUUUUGUUCGUUGCUCGAACUGCUCUCGUUGCGUCGCAAAAGAUAAGGCCAUCAAGCGCUUCACAGUGAGGAACAUGGUUGAGAGCGCGGCCGUUCGAGAUAUCAGUGAAGCCAGUGUCUACCCAGAAUACGUGAUUCCUAAACUCUAUAUCAAAAUUGCAUAUUGUGUAUCCUGUGCUAUUCACUCGCAUGUUGUACGUGUACGGUCACGCGAAGGCCGCCGCAACCGUGCCCCUCCCCCACGUAUUCGGUGGAAAGAUGGCAAGAAGGUGAACCCUGCGGUUGCUGCCGCAGAGGAUGCCAAGGCAGCUGCUGCAGGAAAGGCAUAAGGCUGAGCGAUAUCAUCAGUUUAUGUUUUCCCGCUACCGUUAGGGUGUGGGUCUUAUAGCUUGCUAUUUUCUCACCUUUGCGGUAGAUUUUGAGAUCCUGCAAAACCUAUGCGAUUACUCGAUCUGUGUCUAAAUCAAGUGACCACGAUCGUUCUAGAAUCUAGGCUGGCGGUUUCAAUGUACAUUUGUCUUGUGUGCCCCUUUCG